AUGGCUGAAUCAAUCAAUAUCCCCGGCACCGUCCACCUCCUCGAUCUGGACCAUGACAUGCAGGCUCGUCAUGCCAGUUCAUCCGCCGAUAUUGUACUUCAUCCAACCCCGUCAAAGGACCCUAAUGAUCCAUUGAACUGGACUCCACGUCGUAAACUGCUCUCACUCAUCUGUCAAAACUUAUAUACUUGGUUCGCAGGCUUUUCAGUAUCAACUGUGUAUUCCGUGCUUGUUCCCCUCUCUGCUCAAUCCGGCGUAUCUAUCGCUACUUUGAACGAGGGCACGGGGUACAUGUUCCUCUUCCUGGGUUGGAGUUUGCUUUUUUGGCAGCCUUUCUCACUGCGUUAUGGGAAACGGUUGACUUACCUCAUUUCGGUUCUCGGUGCAAUCGGCACUAGUAUUUGGAGUGCCUACGUCAAAAGCGAUGGCGAGUGGUUGGCAAAAUGCAUUAUUCAGGGAUUCUUUAUUUCUCCUAUUGAAGCACUUCCUGAGAUCUCAGUCACUGAUAUUUACUUUACACACGAACGCGGCACAUACAUGGGUAUCUAUUCUUUUGCCCUUGCUGGUAGUAACUACUUUGCCCCUGUUGUCUGUGGCUUUAUUGCAGAUUACCAAGGCUGGCGGUGGGUCUUCUACUGGCCCGCUAUCUUCCUAGGUGCUGUGUUUGUCUUCCUCUUCCUGUUUAUGGAAGAGACAAAUUACACUCGAGAUGUUGUGUCGGAGCCAAUUGCUCAAGUUCCUAUCUCUCCUUCUGAGCAGGGUGAAAAGACCGCCCCUACAGUAGAGGGGGCACCAACAGCUGAGAACGGCGAAGUUUAUAACAUCCCCAAGACUUUUAUUCAAAAGAUGUCACUCUGGCAGCCAUCUCCAGGACAGAAUUUACUGGCCCGAUCAUGGCGAUCACUUAAGUAUCUCACCUGGCCGGUCGUCUUCUACGCAGGCUUCUCCUACGGUUCAUAUCUCAUUUGGUUCAACGUCCUCAACGCGACAGCCUCUCUUAUUCUCUCAGGAGAGCCAUAUAACUUCAAACCAUCCAUGGUUGGCUUGAGCUAUCUGGCCUGCUGUGUCGGUGUUAUCGUCGGAGCUCUCGUUUCUGGAAGACUCAGUGAUAAAUUGACGAUUAGGCUUGCACGCCGAAAUGGCGGAAUUAUGGAAGCCGAAUCGCGUCUUUGGCCCUUCUCGCUGUGUGUCAUCAUAGUCCCUGGAGCUCUUCUACUGUGGGGCGUUGGAGCGCAGCAUGGAGUUCAUUGGUUCGGACUCGUCUUCGCUAUGGGAUGUCUUGCCUUUACUAGUGCAGUCGGUGUCACUUUGAGUGUGAGCUAUCUUAUUGAUAGUUACCAUGGUAUUAGUGGUGAUGCGAUUGUCACGGUCAUUUUGAUUCGGAAUACGAUGUCGUUCGCCAUAAGCUACGGAAUCACACCUUGGAUAGCUCAUCUCGGUUACCAAAACUGUUUCAUUUCAGCUGCGUUUAUUGGCAUGGCUGCUUCUUCUGUCUUUUUCAUCAUGAUUAUUUAUGGCAAGAGUUGCAGAGUAAGAAGUGCUGAGAAGUAUCAUCAGCUUGCUCAGGAUAUUUAG